UUAUUCCUGUGCACGACUCGCGUUGCAUACAUGAAUGAACCUCUCUCUCUCUUUCUCUAUCUACACGUUGCUCGCGGGUGAUUGUACGCGUGGAUCGCAAUUUCUCGCGACAAAAGUUUGAGUCACGAAGAAUUAAUAGACUACACUCCGUGAAUUUCAUUCGCGACCGACCAUCUGGAUCUAUGCUAUUUCGGCCGAUGCAAAUGUUUCGCGGUAUUACGUUCGAACGCGCUUGAAAAAAAAAAAAAAGAAAGAUACACGCAUACGUACGUAUGCGACAGGGAAAGUUCUAUCGCUAGAGAAAUAAAAACGAAGCGAUCUUUGUCCGUACAAUAGACAAGGGUGACACGCGAAAAAAGAACGCGUCGAUGCGCAUAAAAAGUCACUAGGAAGAAGGUUCGCGAAACAAAAGGUGUUGCGCAUAAGAAGUGUUGCUUUCAUCGCCGAAAUUCUUUCUACGCAGUCAAGUAACACGAGUCAACGUACUUAGACACGACGAAAGUCGAUGUAAAUAUUGACAGCAUUCAACAAUUGUAACUGAAAGUAAAACUAGCAGAUACGAUUGAUAAUUAACGAUAUGGAUCCCACGGAAGAUUGGAAUGGCGAUUGCCAAACAUCGUCGGAAAAUCAAACGCAAGAAAAUGAGAGGGAGGAAGUUCAACAAAUCAUACCCGGCUAUGCAAAUUUUCGCGAUUACCUUCAGGAAUCGUUUGAUGUAAUAAGAGCUGGGAUUAAAGCGGCCAAUAAUUUACCAAUUGGAUCGGACUUUCGUUAUUAUUCCUGUUUCCCUAGUUUUGUCAAUGCCAAAGAUCGAAAUGUAAAAAGGACGUUAAGCGUUAUGCAGUGCGUUAUGGCCACUGCGGGUGUUAAAAAUAAUAUUUCAAAUCGAGCCGUUGAUGAAAAGUUUGAUCUUUUGUUAGAAACGAACGAUAUCCUUCUGGACAGAGCUAAUGAAUUAAUGGACAAAGAAUCUGGUAUUACCAGGAGUUCUGAAGUAGAGUUAGUGGUAACGCAUGCAAACAAGCAGGUAGUAAAUGGAAGUUGGAACAGUGAAAUCUGUCGACCGCCGCAACCUGCGGAAAACGCUCAGUCUGUACGCUUGCUGGCAGGUAGGAAUGUUCAAAGACCUCAGCUAAUGUUCAAAGACAAAAUUGAUAACCGUCCGAAACCAUGGUGUCCCAAGAUUAAGGAUAAACCUAACUCGUUAAAACCGUUAUCUAUUUACGUGGAAGAGGGUGAAAAUGGUGAAGUAUUCAGUCACCCUUAUGAAUAUGAAUUGGAUAUGUUUUCACCUCCUGCUAGUCAGUUACAAAAGUCUCAACCGGCAAAGUAUAAGUCCUUGGAAGAAACGCCGUUAGUAAUAAUUGAAAAUUCAAUCGAUAUUAAAUUAUUACUAGAAGACUUGAAAAGAUACAAAGAAAUUGCUGUAGAUUUAGAGCAUCACUCUUAUAGAAGCUUCCAAGGUAUAACUUGCUUAAUGCAAAUUUCGACCGGAGAUACAGAUUAUUUGAUAGAUACUCUGUCGUUGCGUUCCGAACUACAUGAAUUAAAUGAGAUUUUUACUAAACCAUCGAUUCUGAAAGUGUUUCACGGAGCCGAUUUAGACAUUCAGUGGCUCCAAAGAGAUCUGUCUCUUUAUAUAGUAAAUAUGUUUGAUACGCAUCAAGCGGCGAAACAACUGAAUCUGCCGUAUUUAAGUUUAGCGUAUUUACUGAAACAGUACUGUUGCAUAGAUCCCAACAAGCACUUCCAGUUGGCUGAUUGGCGUAUAAGACCGUUACCGGAGGAACUGCAAAAGUAUGCUAGAGAGGACACGCAUUAUUUAUUGUAUAUAAAAGACAUUUUGAGGAAUGCUUUGAUAGACCUUGCUAAUGGACAGAUGAACAUUUUGAAAUCUGUUUAUGAUCGAAGUACCGACAUUUGUAGAAAGACUUACAUAAAACCAAUAUGGACAGAGGAAAGCUGUAUGAGUAUAUACAGAAAGAGUCAAAAGAUGUUCAAUAAUAAACAACUUUACGCCCUAAUAGAGCUACAUAAGUGGAGAGAUACUACUGCAAGAGAAGAAGACGAUAGCACUGCUUAUGUUUUGCCAAAUCAUAUGUUAAUGAAUAUAGCCGAAACAUUACCUCGUGAGAUGCAAGGAAUUUUGGCGUGUUGUAAUCCUAUUCCUCCUUUGGUUAGACAAAAUUUAUUAAAACUACACAAGAUAAUACUGAAAGCUAGGGAACAACCACUUAUCAAACCAGUUCUUGGAGAUCUUAGGCAAAGAUCAAAUCAGAGAAGUCAAAUGUCAAAUUCAGAAGCCUGGAUGUAUUCCCCUCAUGAUAUUCCAAAUGAUAUGGAAGCUAGAGCUGAUUUACCGUGUCUAUUAGAUAACGUUAAUGUUGUAGAGACGCCACUCGCUACGAUAAAACAUAGAGUAACUGUAUUUGAUAGUCCAGCUACAUCUGAGGAUGAGGGAACAUUAAAGAAUCAGAAAAAUAUUAAAAAGAAAAAGUUUAUCUUUGUUAGUCCGUUUGAACGAUACAAACGCGUAAUACCUGUGGUUGCGGAAGAAGAAGCGCGUGAAAGAGAGAAACAAAAGCAGGAAGAUGAAGAACGUUUAGAGAAACUGAAGGAUACUGAAGCAGAAAUAGCAGAGAGUAAAAAACGAGUUUUAGAGCAUUUCAAACAAUUCUCUCAAGAUAAACCAGAAAAUUCACCGACAAAGAAAGCAUCUAAAACUCCUUUGAGUCAAAUGAGGGGAUUUAAAAGAAAAAGAGGUUCAGAUAUUGAUAAAGAGAAAGCAACGCAAGAACAAAAUAUGCAAGAAAGUAUCGUUAGAUUUCAGAAUAACAACGUUACUAAUUCAAUACGAUCGCGGAAAAAGGGGGAGAAGAAACGCGUUAUUAAAGAUUUGAACAAGCAGCAUAUGAUGCCGUCAAAAAGAUUCGAUUAUAAAGCAGUAGAUUUUAGUAGUUUUCAGGGCGGUAGUAAAAAUGUCCCGGGUCAAGGAAAACAAGUAAAUUUCGAACAAAAAGUGCCAAAAAAAGAGAAAAAACGAAAGAGGAAGAAGCAAAAAAUAAAUAUAUAAAUGUUAAUAAACUUUCAGUUCUAUACCUUCUACGUAAAUAUACAUUACCGUUUUAUACUACAGAAAUAAAAAUAACAGGUUCUAUAGUACUUCAAGGUUGGACGCAGUACUAUGGGUUUUUUUCGAUUAUGUACAGUUAACACGUAAUAAGUUGAAUAUUAAUAUUUUAACAGUGUCAAUUAUAAUUUUGAUACUUGAGUAUCGAUAUUGAAUGAUUUAUUUUUUCAGUAUAUUCAUACAUAUUCUCUGUGUUACUGCCGUUAGAGAUUAUUACGUCAUUGGAAAUUUUUAUUAGUCAAUAUAAAAUUUGAAUAUGAGAAAACAAGUUACUAUAAACGUAUGGAUAUGAGGAAAUGUAAUAAAUUAUACUGAUAUCUAAUAUAGAAUAUAAUAAAGCACCUCUUUCCUUGUGGAAUAAUAUGGACACAAACAAAGAUAAAUAAUCUUUCAGAUGUUUUGAAACUACUGUUGCUGUGUUUGAAAUUAGCUAUAUAAACUGCGUUACCACAGAAUCGUGGAUUCUGUUCCUUUCUUCUGUUGUGUACGCAGACAAUCAUCGAAGUAUUUACAGUGUGAUUAUUUGUCGUAGCUAGAGACUUAGAUAAAAUGAUUCUUUUUGUA